AUGACAACAAAGCCAAAAAUGCCAACAGCUCAUAUAACGUUCCAUGACUUUAUGAGCUUGCCUGUUAUAUUCUAUCACACCCUGGGCAUAAAUCCCUAUGAAUCGGUGACCAACAAGGAAACAUCGAGUCGCUGGCUCUUGGCUGUUUUCCUCUUUCAAGUGAUUAAUCUGAACAUUACUUUUGUUUUGGAGUGGUGUUUUGUGUACAUCUCGUACAAAAACAGCGAGAACUUCGUGGAGUCCUGCAUGGUAAUGGGCUACAUUGUGUUCGUGAUUGUGGGAGAGCUGAAAAUGCUAACUGUCUGGUGGCAGAAGAGCCAAUUGAACGAACUAAUGAUCGAAAUGGAGUUGAUAUUUCCCCCGUCUGAUCCUGAGAAGCAACGACAUUAUCUAGUCGAUCGCUAUCUGAAACGUUGUCGCUUCUUCACAAAGGGCUUCGCCUGCCUCUAUCUGGUGCUCAUCGUAACUUACAAUCUGUUUGUGCUCGUUCAGUUUCUCAUUCGACGCUUUGUUCUACACUCGCCAACUGCUGUGAUGGCUAUGCCCUAUACAUCAGUUUCACCCUGGAGCCUGGACAGCAAACUGGGCUUCUGCCUGAUGUACACUUUGCAGGCCAUAGCUGGCUACACGUGCACAGCAGGACACGCCUCUAGUGAUAUUCUCAUCUAUGCUGUGCUCAUUCAGGCCAUCAUGCACUACGACUAUUUGUCAAGGGAGCUAACUGGGCUGCAAAUCCAAGCAGGACGUGUGCGAGAUGGAUACGAGCAAGAUCUCAAAAUUCUACAACAGCUGAUCGCCUAUCACAAUAAAUUACUAGGACUCACUGAGGUUAUCAAUAAGGUCUUUGGCUUACCUUUGCUCUUAAACUUUAUGGCUUCUUCUCUGAUGGUCUGCUUUGUGGGCUUUCAAAUGACAAUUGGACUAAGUGUCGAUAUAAUAUGCAAGUUGGCAGUUCUCUUAGUAGCGGAAAUGGUACAAAUCUAUUUGAUAUGUUACUUUAGUGAUUUGCUUAUAAAUGCUAGUCUGAGUGUCUCUGAUGCUGUCUACAAUAUGAAUUGGAUUGAGGCUGAUAAACGAUUUAAUAAAAUGCUUAUCAUCAUUGCUCAACGUGCUCAGCGUCCAGUUUGCCUGAGGGCCACUGUCUUCUUAGAUAUAUCAAUGCAGACUAUGACAAUGUUCUUGCAAAUGACCUACAGAUUCUUUUGUGUGAUUCGUACCAUGUAUCAGUAA